UCCUAUUAUUUAUUGGCAGAAGGGUGUAGAACACCUCGGCCUAGAGCUAUGGCUGGGCUGCAAAGGUCGGCGACGACGUUCCGGAGAUCAGGAUCGUCGGGGGUGGUGUGGGACGAGAGGUUCUUCUCGGGGGACCUGAGUCGGAUGAGGAAGGAGGAAGCCGCCGCGGAGUUCAGCGAGCUGAGGCACUCGAAAAGCAUGGCAUCAUCGAUCAGAAGGACGACGGCGCGCAGCGGCAGCACCGGUGGCCGGCACGCCUUCCGCGCAAGCUUCGUCUCGCCGGGCAUCGACCCGCCAUCGCCUCGCUUCAUUUGCUGCGGGUUCCUCGGGACGAGCAGGUCGGCCCAGCGGCCGAAGCCGAGAAGGCGCUGAGCCCGGAGGCCGCACGAUGGAUCUUCCUCCCCUCCUGCAUGCUUUCAUGCAGCGUGUCGAAUCUGCAACUUAGUUAAGAUCGAUGUCUCUCGUUUUGUUUUGGUCGAUGCAGCUUGUUGGUACACAGUUUCGAUUGAUGGAGUGCCGAGGCCGAUGAUUCCUGAAACCGAGUGUUGGAGAUCAUCUGAAGCCAUAGAAAACAAUUGUCUGGUGCUUGUUUUGGACUUCUUUCUGUACAUGUAUAUAUAUUAUAAAUUUUCGUCUGUAAUAUAAAU